AUGUCUACAGAAAAGAACUCAGUUGUUGGUGAGGAUAAGGUCCUCAAGAGCACUUAUAGCGAUGAUGAAACAAACGUUAUCAAAAGUGUCAACGGUGCUGGUGUUGGUGUUGAUGAGAAACAGGCAGGCCCUACAGACCUUAACGAGUAUGGUAUUCCUGACUAUUUGAAGAGCAGUAAGUCUUUGACCAUCAGAAAGACCGAGAUUUUAGCUGAGCAGUACAGCUCUUGGCAAUGGAGAGUCGUUCUAUUGUUCAGUGCGUUCUUGUGUGGUUAUGGUUAUGGUUUAGAUGGUAACUUGCGUUCUUUCUAUACGACUUGGGCAACGAACUCGUACUCGACGCAUUCUUUGCUCUCCACUAUCGGGGUUGUCAAUGCAGUCAUGGGUGCUGCUUCUCAAAUCGUUUAUGCUAGAUUAUCAGACGUUUACGGCAGAUUUACUCUUUUCGUCACUGCCAUUGUCUUUUAUGUUGUUGGUACCAUCAUCGAAUCUCAGGCUCACGACGUUCAAAGGUACGCUGCAGGUGCUGUGUUCUAUAACAUCGGUUACGUUGGAGUUAUCUUGAUUGUUCUAUUGAUCCUAUCCGAUUUCUCUUCUUUGAAAUGGAGGUUGUUCUACUCGUUCGUGCCAACUUGGCCAUUUAUUAUCAACACUUGGAUCUCUGGUAACAUUGUCGAUGUCGCCAAGCCAGAACAAAAUUGGUCUUGGGACAUUGCUAUGUGGGCAUUCAUUUUCCCAUUGAGUUGUUUGCCAUUGUUGGGUUGUAUGCUACAUAUGAAAUGGAGAGCUAGACAAACCGAGGCCUGGAAAGAAUUGUCCUCUCAAAAGACUUACUACCAAACACAUGGGCUCGUACAAAGUCUGGUUCAAUUGUUUUGGAAAUUGGACGUCAUUGGUGUUUUCUUCAUGAUUAUUAUCCUUGGUUGUAUCUUGGUCCCAUUGACUCUAGCAGGUGGUAUCUCAAACAAAUGGAACAAUCCACAUAUCAUUGCUCCAUUCAUCUUAGGUUUCGUCUUGAUCCCAUUCUUUAUCGCAUGGGAAUCCAAAUGGGCUCGUGAACCAAUUGCUCCAUUCAAGUUGUUGAGAGACCGUGGUAUUUGGGCUGCUUUGUGUAUUGCCUUCUUGAUCAACUUCAUCUUCACCAUGGCCGCAGGUUACUUGUACACAAUCUUGAUGGUUGCUGUGAAUGAAAGUGUCACUUCUGCCACCAGAAUUUCCAGUGUCAGUACCUUCACUUCCACCGUAUUUUCGCCUUUCUUUGCGCUAUUCAUCACUAGAUUCACCAGAUUAAAGCCAUUCAUCAUCGCUGGUUGUUCCCUAUGGAUGGUCGCAAUGGGUAUCUUGUUCCAUUUCAGAUCCGGUCAAAAUUCUGAUAAAGGUAUCAUCGGUGCGCUAGUCGUUUGGGGUCUCGGUACCACCAUGUUCACUUACCCAGUCACCGUGUCCCUCCAAUCCGUCACUUCUCAUGAAAACAUGGCCACUGUCACCGCAUUGAGUUACACCAUGUACAGAAUCGGCUCAGCUGUUGGAUCAGCUGUGUCAGGUGCUAUCUGGACCCAAUUGUUGUACAAACAAUUGCUCCAACACUUGGAUGGUGACGCUACUUUGGCAGCAAGCUUCUACGGAUCUCCUUUGACUUACAUUGCCCAGUAUCCAUGGGGUACUCCAGUGAGAGAUGGUGUUGUCCAAGCUUACAGAUACGUGCAAAAAUACGAAGUCCUGGUUGCCUUGGUAUUCACCGCGCCACUCUUCGUCUUCUCGCUAUGUUUAAGAGACCCACCAUUGACCAACGAAGUUGCCCAUGAGAACAUCAAGCAGGGUGAAUACGUCGACGUUGAAGACGACGACCCUGUCGCUAACUGGAUCCAUGACAAAUGGUCCAGAAUCAGACGUAAGUCCGACUAG